GCCCUUCCUUCCUCUUUCACUUUCGUUUCCGCCGCCGGAGCGCGGGUUCCCGCUGCCGCCCGAGCAUGGACGACCCGGACUGCGACUCGACCUGGGAGGAGGACGAGGAGGACGACGACGAGGGUCUGAGCGCCGGGGGCGACGAAGAUGGCGAGGCCGGCGCCCCGGGGGACGCGGACGCGGAGGAGGAGGAGGAGGAGGCGGCGCGGCCCAGCGCGCUGCAGUCUAGGAUGAUGGAGUCCCGAAACUGGCGAGCCAUGCGGGACACGCGCAGGUACCGGCACCACUACCCGGAUUUGGUGGAACGAGAGAGCAAUGGUGACAUGCCAAACCUGAGUUUCUACAGAAACGAGAUCCGGUUCCUGCCCAACGGCUGUUUUAUUGAGGACAUUCUUCAGAACUGGAGGGAAGACUACGACCUCCUGGAAGACAACCAUUCCUACAUCCAGUGGCUGUUUCCUCUUCGGGAGCCAGGAGUGAACUGGCAUGCCAAGCCCCUCACCAAGCGUGAGGUCGAGGCUUUUAAAAGCUGCAAGGAGGUUGGGGAGCGGUUUGUCCAGGCCUACGAGCUCAUGCUGGGGUUCUACGGGAUCCGGCUUGAGGACCGAGACACAGGCAAGGUGUGCCGGGCACAGAACUACGAGAAGCGCUUCCAGAACCUCAACUGCCACAGCCACAACAACCUCCGCAUCACGCGCAUCCUGAAGUCGCUGGGCGAGCUGGGCCUGGAGCGCUACCAGGCACCGCUGGUCCGCUUCUUCCUGGAGGAGACGCUGGUGCACCGGCAGCUGCUGGGCGUGCGGCAGAGCGCCCUGGACUACUUCGUGUUCACCGUGCGCUGCCGGCGCCAGCGCCGCGCGCUGCUGCACUACGCCUGGCAGCACUUUCAGCCCCGCCGCAAGUUCGUGUGGGGGCCCCACGACAAGCUGCAGAGGCUCCGGCUGCACUCUCCGCCCCGCCCUCCCCUGCCAGCAGGCCCCAAGCAGGCCGAGGGCGAGGACAGCCCGGGGGACCCCCUCGAGGCCGGCGCCCAGGAGCGGACCUGUGGACUAGAGGGGGAGGGAGGCGGGGACAGCGUGCCCGAGGGGUCCCAGCCGGCUAGCGAGGGGACCCAGGAGGUGGGAGCCCUGGAGAGGGACCAGGGAGAGCAGGCCGCUGAGAGCCAAGGGGAGGGGGGGCCAGAGCCUUCUAGUCCCAAGGAGACCAAGAAGAGGAAGCUGGAGGUGAGCCGGCGGCUAGAGCAGGCCCCGGGGGACCCUGGCACCCAGAGUGCCUCGGAGGUGGAGAAGAUUGCUCUGAACCUGGAGGGCUGCGCGCUCAGCCAGGGCAGCGUCAGUGGGGAGACCCAGGAGAUGGGCAGCCAGGAACAGGAACGGGGGGAACCUGAGCAGCCCGGCCCCGCGGUGCCAGGGGCCAAGGUGGCAGACGAGGUGAGGAAGCGCCGGAAGGUGGACCCGUGUUCAGGGGAGGAGGAGGCGGUGCUGUCAGCCGGUGGUGGUGACCAGACACCGGCCCCCACCUGCCCCCCUGCCCCGUCAGGGAGCCCUGAGGCGACAGCGGGUGGGGAGCAGGACAAGGAGGCAGAAGGCCAAGGGGAGCCGGAGCAGGGGGCCCCCAGGAGCCCGGGCUCUGCUGUGGAGGCGGGGCCACCUGCCAGUCCCCAGACGCCUUAGACAAUGGGGUGCCAGCGGGCUGGGCCCCAGCUGCCCAGCAGUGCUGGCCUCUCCCUGGGGCCACGACAGCUGCCGUAAGCACAGGCCCCACCCUGCGGGAGCCAAGGACUCCAGAUUCUCCCCUGACCGUAUUUUCCGCCGCCGCCUCUGUGCCACUGCCCCAAUCUUUGUAAAUUGGCCCUUAAGGGUCUGGGGGUGGGAGUGGGGGCUCACUUUCUUAGUCUGGUACUGAGGCCUUUUCUGAAUAAACUCGUUUGUCUUUGA